GCAGAGUCUCUGACGCAAAGCAUCUGUGUCGAGAGGCCAGGGUCAGGAAAAUGGGGAAAGUGGACAUCUGGUUGAAACGGAGUUACGUGGGUGUGAUUGCUCUGAUUGCGGCAAUCUGCAUCCUGCUGCUGGGAUUCACUCUGUUCAGUCACGGAGUCUCGCACGCUCGUGAAAAGGCGGAGAAUGAAAUCAUAGGGCUACAUUUUCUCUACAUAUUUUCUGCUGUCAUUCUGCUCUUUGUCAUCUUUGGUGGAUUUGGUGCCCAGAAAGAGAAGAAGUGGGCACUUAUAGUGUUUGCAGUUGGAAUGAUCCUGAGCUGUCUGUUCCUGCUCGUCCUCGUAAUCAAUGCACUGACUGUCAACCACCAGAUGGAAAACGAGAUGAAGAAGGAGCUCAGCUUCCUGCCUCUCGCUAACGCCAGCGACAGCCAUUUAUUGUACAUCAAUAAUUUACAAAAAGAAUUACAGUGUUGUGGGCUGGAGAGCUACAAAGACUGGGAAAAGAACAUCCCAGAAUCCUGUCGAUGUACUCAGCAGUCCACCAAUCCGUGUUUAAACGUGGAAGCUCCAAGCGACAGCUCCCAGUUAUGGACCCAUGCACAA